UCAACAGUUUAUUAUCGUAUUUUUAAAAAAGAAAAAAUGCAACUUGUAAAAGCCUUAGCAAUUUUGAUUCUAAUUGUCCAAUUGACAAGUAUUACCCCUUCUUGGGCAGAUGGUGUUGAACGAG